AUGAACAACAUGAAACCCUCCAAGAAUUCUCAGCCUGUAUCGGCUUCCCAUAACGAGAAUGUUCUCUCCCUUGACACUGCUCCAACUCACGAGACACACACGACGAAAGGUCUUAUCGUUGGAGGAAAAUACCGGAACGAACUUUCAGAAGAGCAGACCCAGCACUACGAUAGCAGCCUGUUGCAAGAGAUCGACGUCGAUCUUCCCCUCACAGCCACAAAGCCUGUACAUCACAAUGGCCAAGAAUUAAUCGUGCUUGAGUUUGUGGAUGGGGACAAGGAGAACCCCUUCAAUUGGAGUUCUGGCCGCAAGGCCUUCAUCAGUACCCAGCUUUGCCUCAUGACACUUUUCAUCGGUCUCGCAACAACAGCAUACAGUUCUGGAAUUGGACGCAUGGCAAAGGAUCUCGGAACAACGGAGUUGAUCGGAAAGCUUGGUCUAUUCACCUUCAACUUCACUUGUGCAAUUGCCCCCCUUUUCCUGGCUCCGUUCUGUGAGCUGGCUGGUCGACGAGUCAUCUACAUCGGUGCCUACGUCUGCUUCUGUCUUAUGUUCAUUGGUCUCGCCCUAGGCAAGAACAUUGCCACCAUCCUUGUCUGCCGUGCCCUGCUCGGUCUGUUUGGUUGUGUUGGCACAAUUCUUGUCGGCGGUACUUUUGGAGAUAUGUACACACCAGAGCACCGUGCCAUCCCCAUGGCUUGCUUCGCCUUCAUCGCCAUCCUCGGUACAGUCGGUGCUCCCAUCUACGCCGGCUUCAUUGAUCAGGCUCUCGGCUGGCGCUGGCUCGAGGGUAUCCAAGGGUUGGCCAACAUUCCCCUUGGUAUCGUCAUCACCCUUUGCCUCCCUGAGACUCGCGGCAGUGUCUGCCUUGCCAAGCGUGCGAAGGUCAUUCGCGGUGCUACCGGCGAUGAGCGGUUCGUGACCAGCAACGACCUUGAAGCCCCUGGAAUCAAGCAAAUGUUGCACAACUCCUCUGUCAAGGCCGUGAAGAUGCUUUUCACCGAGCCCGUCGUCUUCGCCUUCGGUCUCUGGAUCAGUUUCGCCUGGUUCCUGGCCUUCCUCUUCCUUUCUGUGAUCCCGAUCACCUUCCAGGAAAAGCGCGGCUGGGGCGAGGGAGUGGCAGGUCUUCCCUACAUCGCACUCUGCCUCGGAACUACACUCGGCUUCGGUCUUAACUUCUUCCAAAUUCGCAAAUACAAGUCCCUCUCCUCCGACCCGAACAUUCCCGUCGCACCAGAAGCUCGGUUGUACGGUGCCCUUUGCGGAGCCGUCUGGUUGCCCGUCGGCUUGUUCAUCUACAGUUUUACCCAGUACAAGGGCAUCCACUGGAUGGGUCCCGUCGUUGGACUGACCCUCAUCACCCUCGGUAUCUACUUCAUCUUCGAGUCCUGCUACAGUUACACGGCCGAUUGCUACGGAGAACACUCUUCCUCUGCCAUUGCCGGUCAGGGUUUCAUGCGAAACACCCUUGGUGCCGUGUCACCUCUGUUUGCGUCCCAAUUCUUCCACAACAUGGGUAGUCAGUACGCUGGAUUGUUGCUGGCAUUGGUCGCGACAGUCUUGACGUUGAUUCCAUUUGUUUUGUUCAAGUAUGGCCCUGCACUGCGUGCUCGGUCUAGACUUGCAUCUGCCACUACGAGUGGCUCCAACUGA